UGCAAUUCCGGUCGUAUUUUGGAUUCUUGACUCACUGUUGACUAAUAUAUCUUCCGUCCUUUAUCGAUCUCGUAUUUUCGUCAUCAGUUACAGUGGUUCCCGAGUGUGCCACCAUUGUAGGCAACCCAGUCAUUUUGUUAGGGAUUGUCAGCUUCGGCAUAUCCCGAAUGUCGCCGCUAUGAUAGGCGGYAAUGGAGGCGACCAGCACAGAGCAGCGKCCCCUCAAGACAACGGAGGAUUCCUUCCGGCUCCAAACGCAAUCGUGCCGUACAGGCCACCACCGAACGAAGGUCRGAACGAUGGUAACCGGAAUGGUUCAAGUCAAGGCGCUGCUCAAGGUUACGGUAAUCAGAGUCAUGGGUACGGCAGCAACCAAGGGUAUGGUGGCGGGUAUAAUCGGUCGAGUUACCAGCAGCGGCCAAGGAACAGUUGGUGGGCCGACAAUUGGGAGAGGGCAAAAGAUGAGAAGAUCGAUAAGGUAUGGAGAUGGUACUCCGAGACCAUGGAGGAAAAAGAGCGAGARAAACGCACUGCGGAGGAGAAAUUGAAGGAAGAAGAAGAAAAGAAGAGGAUUCAAGCUGCGGAGGAGGAACGUGCCAAAGCAAAGAAAGAGCGGGAAGAAUUUGAGAAGUCUCUCGGAAAAAUGGUUAAGGAAAACAUGAAGGAAGUUUGUAAUGAGGUAAUGGGGAAGAAGGCGGUUACGAGCCAAGCAUCCUCUUCGAGGCUUGGUCAGGGCAUGCAGCAUGAGGUCUGCAGACAKRACGAAGCGAAGCGCAAAGAACAAGAGAACCGCUGGCGACGAGAAGAUGCGGCGGCCAGAGAACAGUUGGAGAAGAGCAGAAACGACGAAUUGGAGCGUCUGAGGAUAGAAAAUGAGGAUCUCCUAAGGAUGCCUACUGGGAAAGCGAGUAGAGAAUUGGAUUCUCUCAAAGCCGACAAUCAAGCUCUCAUUCACGACAUCAUUGUUUUGAGGGACGAGGUCGAGAAUUUAAAACGGGGAAGUAAGCGUAGCGCGGAGGCGGUCAUUGAAAAAAGUCCGCCGGCCGAACCAGUGAGAGGGAAGUCUCGACAAGAGGAGGGUUGUCAAACACCGGCUGAAUGGGCGAGGUUGACAGAGGCAUACAGAAGAGUUCGGGAUGAAAAGGAUAUGGCGGAGCGUGAGGUAUCUGCGCUAAAGGAACGCAUCAACCCGAUAAAAAUCGCCUCACCAUCAAGUAUGAAGAGAAGAAUUCUGGUACAGAGAAGGAGCGGUAAGGCAGGUGGUAGCCCGGUUUCGAAAAAAGGUGACCAUGUGAAGGUCACGUUUGUAAGGAAGAUUGACGAAGGGAAAGAGGCGUUUUACAAGAGAGUCAGCAAUGAUCUUGCGAAGCUUCGGAAGGCACAACUGGAGGCGUUGUGUGCCGAUGAAGAAAUUGACUAUGCUGGGGUCAAGAAGAGUGCAGCCGACCUGGCGGAUAUUUACACGGCCAGUGCAUUCSAUCGUCCUACCAAUCGUAGGCUUAUUAGCGAACAGGAAGAAGAAGAGYAUGUGGAUGAAGAUCAGGAAGAGAUCGAGUCGGUUGACAUAGCUGCUACUUCCACAGAUGACCACGCUAACUCUGAAUCUUCGUAAGUUUGGUUCCGAGCGUUGGUCGUAUUUACUCUCUCCUCUCUGAUGUCAGUUCGCUCAGACGAUCCAAGGGAGGUGUAACUCGUGAUAAGUUAA